GUCUCCUCUCCUCCCUCGCGCGUGCUCCAAAAAGCUACGCCUCCUCCCUCGCUCCCUCGGUCCCUCCCAGUCUCCCACGCUUUCCCCUUCUCGCCUAGGGUUUCCCACCCCCCAUGCAUCUCCCCAAACCCUAGCCUCCUCCUCCUCGACCUCCUCGCCGCCGCAGCCGUAUCCGGCCAUGGCCGCCGGCGCCGGCGCCGGCGACUACUCCUUCGCGGCGGAGUACGACGGCCCGCCGCUCCCCUACUCGCUCCCGCGCGCCAUCCCGCUCGACCUCUCCCGCAUCCCGCUUGCCUCGCUCUCGUCACCUCCGGUUUCGCCCUCCGCCUCCUCGUCCUCGCUCCCCGUCGUCCGCCCGCUCACCCCUUCCUCCCUCUGCUCGGCCGUCCACGUCCACGCCCACCCCGGGCCCCGCUCCGCCGCCCCCGCCCCCGCCCCCGCGGGGGCCGCCGCGGUUGUGGACUCCCCCACCUCCGUCAUCGAGAACCACCACGCUGCUGCGCACCACUCCGCCGAGCUCCCCUCCUCCCCCUCCGACGACGAGGGCGCCGGUGACGGCAGCGGCGGCCUCCAGGCGCUGCCGCCGAAGCCCCAUCAGCCUGCGGUCACCUUCGCCGAGACCAGCGGCUCCCUCCUCCAGUCCUCUGACGACGAGGACGAGUACGACGAGGAAGAGGAGGAGGAGGACGAUGCCGCCGCAGGGGAGGCCCGCCCCCGCGCUGCUGGCCAAUCGAGCGGCUCCCUCUCCCCCGCGCGCUUCGAAUCGGCGCUCCGGAGAGGGGCCAGGCCCCGCGGCUGCUACCGAUGCGGGAAAGGGGGCGGCUUCUGGGGCCGCGGCGACAAGGAGGCGUGCCUUGCCUGCGGCGCAAGGUACUGCGCGGGGUGCGUGCUCCGGGCGAUGGGCUCCAUGCCGGAGGGGCGCAAGUGCCUGGGGUGCAUCGGCCGGCCCGUGGCCGAGUCAUGGCGGGACGCGCUGGGGCGAGGGUCGCGCGUGCUGCGGCGGCUGCUCAGCGCGGCUGAGUUGGAGCUGGUCAUGAGGAGCGAGCGGGAGUGCGCGGCGAACCAGCUGCGGGCUGAGGACGUCUACGUCAACGGGGCCAAGCUUUCGCCCGACGAGCUCGUGAUGCUGCAGGGGUGCCCGUGCCCGCCUUCUAGGCUCCGGCCUGGGUUCUAUUGGUACGACAAGGUCUCCGGCUUCUGGGGGAAGGAGGGACACAAGCCCCAUUGCAUAAUCAGUCCAAAUCUAAACGUUGGAGGUUCUCUGGAUCAAAAGGCAAGCAAUGGGAACACCGGAAUAUUGAUUAAUGGACGAGAGAUUACAAAAUCUGAACUGCAAAUGCUUAAGUUGGCAGGAGUUCAGUGUGCUGGGAAACCUCACUUUUGGGUGAAUGCUGAUGGGACUUACCAAGAAGAAGGCCAAAAAACCGUUAAAGGGAAGAUCUGGGAUAAGCCUAUAGUGAAGCUUCUUAGUCCUGUCCUGUCGUUGCCAACACCUAACAAAGCAGCUAAUCAAUAUGGCGAAGAAGCUGUUCAUAUGGUAAAUCGAGUCAUCCCUGACUACCUGGAGCAAAGGACAAUCCAGAAGCUUUUGUUGGUUGGGUCAGGGGCAAGCACCGUACUCAAGCAGGCCAAGUUCUUGUACAAGAGCAAACCAUUUUCGGUGGGUGAGCGUGAAGAUCUGAAACUUAUCAUACAAAGCAACAUAUACAACUACCUAAGCAUAUUACUUGAAGGCCGUGAAAGGUUUGAAGAGGAAGCUUUAGCUGAUAGAAAGAAAAUCAGUCAACAUGACCCUUCUAGCUCUGGUCGUUGUGGAUCUGGGCUCUGUGAUGAAAUUACUGAAUACUCCCUUAUUCCACGCUUGAAAGCAUUCUCUGAUUGGAUUCUUAAAGCUAUGGCUUUAGGUAAUCUUGAAGACAUCUUCCCUGCAGCUAGUCGUGAAUAUGCCCCACUUGUUGAGGAAUUAUGGAAAGAUCCUGCUAUUCAAGCUACAUAUAGACGAAGAAGUGAACUGCCGUUCCUUCCAUCUGCUGGCAGCUAUUUUCUUGACAAGGCCGUUGAUAUUUCUCGAGGGGAAUAUGAGCUCUCUGAUAUGGAUAUACUGUAUGCUGAUGGGAUAACAUCCUCAGAUGGGCUAGCAUCAACAGAAUUCUCUUUCCCACAUCUGUCUUUGGAUGGACAGGGUGCUUACGAGCCUGAUCCGCAAGACACCUUGCUAAGGUACCAGCUGAUCAGAAUAAACACUAGAGGUUUGCAUGAGAACUGCAAAUGGCUGCAAAUGUUCGAUGAUGUGAGGCUUGUUAUCUUCUGUGUUGCUGCCAGUGACUAUGAUGAGUACUAUGAAUAUGCAAAUGGUACUGUUGUCAACAAGAUGAUAGAGAGCAGGCAGCUGUUUGAGAGCAUUGCCCUACAUCCAACAUUCGAGCAGAUGGAUUUCCUUCUACUGCUCACCAAGUUUGAUCUCCUGGACCAGAAGAUUGACAAAUCCCCGCUAACAUCAUGUGAUUGGUUCGACAGCUUCACUCCUCUGAUCAGCAGCAGAAGCACGCGCAGUCACACCGGCGCAACACUGGCGCAGAUGGCCGCACACUACAUGGCAGUGAAGUUCAAGAGGCUCUUCCACUCGCUCACGGGGCGGAAACUCUACGUAUCCUACGUGAACGCACUGGACCAGGAGUCGGUCCGCUCGGCGGUCCGUUACAGCCGGGAGAUUGUCAAGUGGGAAGAAGAGAAGCCUGUGUUCGGCGCCAGCGAAACGGUUUACAGCGAGGAUCCGAGCUCCUACUCUCACUGACUUGACCCUUCGUUUUGUGCAGAAGAGGUGUAAAUAUUUGUGCAUUUCCUCUCCCACGGCCUCUGUUAGAGUUGUACUCGUUCCUUUUGUUCGUAGCUGAUCAUUGCUCGUAUGCUUGUUAGUUAUUUGCAAGUAGAAUGAUGAGAUGCGAGAGAUUUACCCAUUCUGAUUCUUGUAAAUUGUAAUACAAGUUGCUUGCAUUUGGCUAGCGAAAGUCCUAUAAGGAUGGUUGUUUUGUCA